AGGACUAUGAGAGUUGACCCAAGUUGCACUUGCACAUGAUGAAACGGCUUCCUGGAAGCAGCUAUCUAGAAUUGACUUUUCUGUAUAAAACAAGCCAGCUGUUUGUUUAUAAAUAUGCAUCUUAAUCUCACCUAAAAACUCAAAUCAUACUCCUUUCUAUCCGCCAUUAAAAUGGGCACCCAAGAUCAACAAUAUGGAGAUGAUAAGGUCGACACGAGAACCGCAAAGCAGAAAGCCAUUGACGAAUGGCUUCCGAUUACGUCGUCCCGGAACGCAAAAUGGUGGUACUCGGCCUUCCACAAUGUUACGGCCAUGGUCGGAGCUGGUGUUCUCAGUCUCCCGUAUGCGAUGUCUGAACUUGGAUGGGGUCCUGGUGUUGCAGUAUUGGUGAUAUCAUGGGUUGUGACGCUAUACACGUUAUGGCAAAUGGUUGAGAUGCACGAAAUGGUACCCGGGAAAAGAUUCGACCGAUACCACGAGCUCGGCCAGCACGCUUUUGGGAAAAAGCUCGGUCUUUACAUCGUGGUUCCACAACAGCUGAUUGUCGAAGUUGGUGUGAACAUCGUGUAUAUGGUCACGGGAGGAAAAUCUUUGAAGAAAUUUCAUGAUUUGGUUUGCGACGAGAGUUGCAAAGACAUCAAACUCACCUAUUUCAUCAUGAUCUUUGCAUCGGUCCAUUUCGUUCUUUCCCAUCUCCCCAACUUCAAUUCCAUCGCCGGAGUGUCGUUGGCCGCAGCAGUCAUGUCCCUCAGUUACUCUACUAUUGCGUGGACGGCUUCUCUGAAAAAGGGCGUGCAACCGGACGUACAGUAUGGAUACAAAGCUAAGAGCACGACCGGAACCGUGUUUAACUUCUUUAGUGCAUUGGGCGAUGUUGCUUUUGCGUACGCCGGCCACAACGUGGUGUUGGAAAUCCAAGCCACGAUUCCAUCGACCCCAGAGAAACCUUCAAAGGGUCCGAUGUGGAAGGGAGUGAUCGUCGCCUAUAUAGUUGUUGCCAUGUGCUACUUCCCGGUUGCUCUUAUUGGGUAUUGGAUGUAUGGAAAUGAGGUUUCCGACAAUAUUCUUAUCAGUUUAGAAAAGCCGACAUGGCUAAUCGCUAUGGCUAAUUUGUUCGUUGUCGUUCACGUUAUCGGUAGCUAUCAGAUCUACGCAAUGCCGGUCUUCGAUAUGAUCGAAACAUUGUUGGUCAAGAAGUUGAACUUCGCCCCUACUUUUACUCUUCGGUUUAUCACGAGGAAUCUAUAUGUCGCAUUAACAAUGUUCAUAGGCAUUUGCUUCCCUUUCUUUAGUGGACUACUAGGCUUCUUCGGAGGUUUUGCAUUCGCCCCAACGACAUACUUCUUGCCUUGUGUGAUGUGGCUUUCCAUCUAUAAACCCAAAAAAUGGAGCCUAUCUUGGAUCACUAACUGGAUGUGUAUCGUACUCGGAGUUGCUUUGAUGAUCGUAUCACCUAUCGGAGGGUUAAGACAGAUCAUUGUGCAGGCCAAAACCUACAAGUUUUUCUCUUAAACAGCUUAACAAAACAAGUCGAGAUUUCGUAUAGUAUCUGGCCUAAACACAAGUCAAAGAAACUUGUGAUUGAAAUUGGGAACGACAAGAAUUAACGAAGAUCCCGAUAAGCUAUUUGAGAACUGUUUUUAAGGUUGAAAAAGAGUGUUUAUAAGGCAUAGGAAUGCAGCUAUUGUGUGCAUAUCUAUAUACAUGUUUACAGUUGAAUUCCGAGAUGUGAAUUCGACUCCGAAAUUAGAGUGAUAUCAGCUAUUUAUUUACUAUCGGUUUUCUGUUUCGGGUUUCACUUCUAAGCAGAAAGUCUUGUAUGAUUUUAUAGUAAUGAACAAAUACCAUUCAUACCUGUUCUA